AUGGCCUGGGGGGACGGGGCGACGCGCUUCGCGCGGGGCUCCACCGACGAGGCGGAGUCGUGUCCGUUGGAAUUGCACGCAGAACGCGCGAGCGACUUCGAAGCCAUCAUGCUAGUCGUCGGAACGACCGUCGGGGGUGGAUUCUUGGCGAUGCCGUACUUUGCCGCGCCCGCGGGGUUCGUGCCGGCGGUUUUGAUAUCGUGCGGCGCGUGGGCGGUGCUCGCGGCGAGCGGACUGUUGGUGUCCGAGACGCUCAUGCACACGUGGGCGCGGUCGAACGGUCGAGCGGUAAGUUUGUUGAGCGUAACAUCGGAUUAUCUCGGAAAGAGUUGGGGUAGCAUCGUCGCGGUGUCGUUCUUUGUGAUGAUGAACUGCACCCUGGUGAGUCAGCUCGCAAAGUGCGGGUCGUUGGCGAGUUUUUUUAGCGGUGGCGCGGUGUCGCACGUUUUCGGUGCGGCCGUGACCGCGGCGAUUGUUGGAUACGUGUCGUUUUCAAACAAAGCGGCCAAGGUGAACGCGUAUGCGACCGUUGGUAUUUUUAUGUCGUUUGCGGCGAUUUGCGUCUUUGGAGUGACGAAUUUGACGCCUAGCAAGCUCACUUUCAUGAACUUCGCCGCGGCAGUGCCGGCACUCCCCGGUUUGGUACAACUAUACACGUAUGGAGAGUGCUUGCCGACGUUAGUUGACAUGCUCAGAGGUGACAGAGAACGUAUCAGGCGCGUGAUUUUGCUCGGCACCUCGGUCCCCCUCGCAAUGUACACUUGUUGGCUCGUCGUUUCGCUCGCUCAGAGUGGCGCUUGGGCUGGAACCGCGGACUUAGCGCAAGCAAUGUUGGAAAGUGGCGGUAUUUUGGGUGGAGCGACCGCUUCUGUCGCGAUCGCGGCGUCGAUCUCAACGCUCAUCGGGGGCUACUUGGCGUUGAGUCGGUUUUGCGCCGACGCCUUGAAGAAAAAGACGGUGAGUCAUUCAAAGUCCGUGAUUGCGCUUACCCUGCUUCCCUCGCUACUUUUCGCCUGUAAAGGCCCCGACGUGUACUUUUCCGCGCUCAAAUUCUCUGGAGCUGUGGUCGUCAUCAUUUUGUGGGGUAUUUUGCCUCCGCUGUUGGCAAAAUCUUUAUGGAAGCGAGAAGGAGCUUUCACCGAAAUCCGAAAGUUCUUCGUUUACGUCUGGACUACUCUCGCGAGCGUCGCUCUGUGCUUUGGCGUUCGGUCUCUUGUCGUCGCGUGA